AUGCUUAUUAUCUUCCAUCUGAAGGGUUAUUGCUGGCCAGAUAGCCCAGAGGACAAUGUAUCAGCAGGGUACUUUUGGACCGAUUUGCUUAACGGUAUCGAGUUUCACCCCCGUUUCGGAAAGCUUUGGGAUAUAAAACAUUUCCACAGCAGCAGAGCUGGCGGUGUCAUUAUCUGGAACGUGGUGGAUAUUUCUUUCGCUGCUGCUCAGUACUACAGCCUUGGAUACAUGACAAAUUCCAUGGUCUUGGCUGUCCUACUGCGACUUUUGGUUGUGCUAGAUUUCUUUGCCAAUGAAAAGUGGUUCAUCGGGACAUUGGACAUUGCAUAUGAACAUUUCGGAUUCUACUACAUCUAUGGAUAUUCGGCAUUCAUGCCUGUGAUAUACACCCUCCAAGCACAGUAUCUUUAUCGCCAUCCCAAGUCGCUUCACACCCAAGAGGUGGUUUUCAUUGUGCUGGUUUGGACAGCUGGCUGGAUUUUGACCUUGUGGGCCAAUUACCACAAAGAUAUAGCUCGCGAAUCUCAAGGCCAGUGCACGAUUUGGGGCUCAAAAGCCAAGUACAUUGAAUGCUCCUACACACUUGCCUGCGGAAAGGCGCAAAGUUCAAAACUUUUAUACUCCGGAUGGUGGGGUGUUGUUCGGCAUGCCAACUAUCUUGGAAACAUCAUAUUUACUUGCGCUCUGUGCGCAACAUGUGGCUUCGACUCAAUAUACCCCUGGACGGAAGCAAUUUUUGUCAUAGGCGUCAUGAUGCACCGUUGUCUAAGAGACGAGAAAAAGUGUCGGACGAAAUAUGGAACGCAAUGGGAGGAUUAUUGCAAGAAGGUCCCAUGGAGACUUAUUCCCGGGGUAUUUUAA